GCGUCUGCCGUCAAGCGCGGCCGUCGGGAAGAGCGUCGGCGCCGGAGGCCGCGGCGGGACGGAGCGGUUGGGCCUAAGAUGGCGGCCGGGCGCCCGGCGGGAGGCCCAGGCCCCGGGAGAGAGCGCGGCCGCAGCGCCGGCCGGGCCCCACGCGCAGUCUGACGGGGCCUUCCCUGGCGCCAGCCCCCUGGUGCGCCUGCGCCUGCUCUGAAGGACAGGGUGAAUUUUCAAGAAACAAGAUGUCAGAUGCAGGGAGUAGCACAGAUGGGAAAACAGAUAUACCCAACGGAAGCUUGUCCAGCAGCCCGGAGGAGAUGUCUGGAGCCACGGAGGGGCGUGAGACCUCUUCAGGUGUAGAAGUGGAAGCUUCUGACCUCAGCCUCAGCCUCACCGGUGACGAGGGGGGCCCCAGCCGUGUCUCCCCAGAGAGCUCUGCAGAAGAGAAGGACUCCGACAGCAUGGACGACACUGGGCACUACUCCCUCACCGAGGAGAGCCGGACCUAUGACCGAUCUCACUCAGAGGAGGAGGAGGAAGGGGAGGAGGAGGAGGAGGAGGAAGGUCUGGAAGUAGAGGUGCAGCAUUCUCACAGGCGAGCUCAGCGCAAGCGCCCAAACCGGGACCGAGACUCCUCGGAUGACGAGCGGGCCCUGGAGGACUGGGUAGCUUCAGAGACAACGGCGCUGUCCCGGCCUCACUGGCAAGCAAUCCGUGCCCUCCGGGAGAGGGAACUGGGCUCCAGCUCCCGCUUCAUCUACGAGGCCUGCGGGGCCCGGGUCUUUGUGCAGCGCUUCCGCCUCCAGUAUGGCCUGGAGGGCCACGGGGGCUGCGUCAAUACCUUGCACUUUAACCAGCGUGGAACGUGGCUUGCAAGUGGCAGUGAUGACCUCAAGGUGGUGAUCUGGGACUGGGUCAGAAGGAAGCCAGUGCUGGAAUUUGAGAGUGGCCACAAAAGCAAUGUGUUCCAGGCAAAAUUCCUCCCCAACAGCGGUGACUCGACCCUCGCCAUGUGUGCGCGGGACGGCCAAGUGCGAGUGGCUGAGCUGUCUGCUACCCAGUGCUGUAAGAAUAUCAAGAAGGUGGCUCAGCACAAGGGCGCUUCACACAAACUGGCCCUUGAGCCUGAUUCUCCAUGCACUUUCCUGUCGGCUGGCGAAGAUGCCGUUGUCUUCACCAUUGACCUGAGACAAGACCGGCCUGCUUCGAAACUGGUGGUGACAAAAGAGAAGGAGAAGAAAGUGGGUCUGUACACCAUCUACGUGAAUCCCGCCAGCACGCACCAGUUCGCUGUGGGGGGCAGAGAUGAAUAUGUCCGGAUCUACGACCAGCGGAAGAUAGACGAGAAUGAGAGCAAUGGGGUGCUGAAGAAGUUCUGCCCACCCCACUUGGUCAACAGCGAGUCCAAAGCCAACAUCACCUGCCUGGUUUACAGCCACGACGGGUCAGAACUCCUGGCCAGCUACAACGAUGAAGACAUUUAUCUCUUCAACUCCUCCCACAGCGAUGGAGCAGCAUACAUCAAGAGAUAUAAGGGGCAUCGUAACAGUGCCACAGUGAAAGGCGUCAACUUCUACGGCCCCAAGAGCGAGUUUGUGGUGAGCGGCAGCGACUGUGGCCACAUCUUCCUAUGGGAGAAAUCCUCCUGCCAGAUUGUGCAGUUCAUGGAUGGCGACAAAGGUGGUGUGGUCAACUGCCUGGAGCCCCACCCGCAUCUGCCUGUGCUGGCCACCAGCGGUUUGGAUCAUGAUGUCAAGAUCUGGGCCCCCACAGCCGAGGCGCCCACUCAGCUGACAGGCUUAAAGGAGGUGAUCAAGAAGAACAAGCGCGAACGUGAUGAGGACAGCCUUCACCACACCGACAUGUACGAGAGCCACUUAAUGUGGUUUCUGAUGCACCACUUCCGACAGAGGCGGCACCAUCGGCGCCGAAGAGAUCCCGGCAUGGGUGCUGCGGACAGUGACUCGGACGAAUCCCCCAGCUCCUCCGACACGUCAGACGACGACGAGGAAGGGCCGGACCGAGUGCAGUGUAUGCCUUCUUGAGGCGUCCAGGGGUGGGGGUGAUUGGGCGGAGACUUGAAGCAAAGCCCCCCCCCUGCCUUUUAAUUCACCACCUUUUUUGCUUUUUAUUGAAGCCCCAAGGAAGCUCUGCCCCUCCUUGGCCCUCACACUUGCCCAGGGCAGGCAGCUUAGCCCCGAAGGGCACUUAGAUUUCUGCUUUAGCCUCCAGCUGAGGGGAGGGGAUCACGGCCCUCUGCUCUCCCCCACCGUGGCUUCAGUCUUGUUAAGCCUCCUCUCCCAGGUGCGGCAGGGGCUCGGCUGCCUCUUCCCCAUGGCGCUGCGUGGAGUGGGUUGCGAGUUCCUUUUAUCUUCCCCUGAGCUGUUGGCGUGAGUGCUGCAGGACGUGGAGGCGCGUUUUUUCUUUUUUCCAGUGAGCGCCAGCGCAUGCACCCCCUACCCUGGUUUUGCUGCUUCAAGGAUGAGCACACUUUACUCCCCCCCCCCCUUACAUUUUGGGGCUUUGUGCCCCUCCUGUUUUUUGUUGUCCUCCCCCCCUUCCAGCCGCAGCUCUCGGGCGCAGAACACCGCCUCCGUUGCAGUCCGGAGCCCGCCUGUGCUGCCUAGACUGCCUUUUGCUGAGCUUGUUGGGGGUUCUUGGGAACAGCCUGGCCCUGGCUGCUUCCUCGAGCAGAGUUUGCUUGCCUGUAGUUUGUACAUAUUGGUGAUUUGCACUUGGUCUGUCUCCUGCGCCGCCACCUCUGAGAAGCCGGAAGUUCCACGGGGAGGCAGUGGAGCCAAGGGCCCCUCCUCCUGGGCAGGGGCGGCGAGGGCGCGAGCUCCCAUCCUUUGACGGAAGGUUGUUUUUCUCUUCCUCUUCAGAAUUAUCCAUUUGUUUUGGAAAAAAAAAUCCCUUAUUGCUGUUUAGAGGCCUAAUUUUAUAUGUAUUAAGACAAGAACCAAAUUAAACUUGGAUGUUAUCAAGUUAAAA